UUCUCCAUAUUAUUAACUUAUAUUUUCUUUAGACUUGUUAGUUUUGAAGUUCGAAAUACACUUGGCUUCUUCAUCCAUCUCCCACAUUAACCCCACAUCUAUCAUCGGUCUAUAAAUACAAAUUCUCUCCCAUUUCCUCAUCACCAUACAUAUUAACUAGCCUUUGCCACUCGAUCGAACUAGAGUGACCAUAUACCUAUUAUUUCCUUCGGAGAUUGAAAUUAUAUUAAACAUGGUUUUGGGUGGUAAGAGCCAACAGCUUCUGUCUAAGAUUGCAACCAAUGACAAACAUGGAGAGAACUCUCCAUAUUUUGAUGGUUGGAAAGCAUAUGAUAGAAACCCUUUUCACCCUACGAAUAAUCCUCAGGGUGUCAUCCAGAUGGGUCUUGCCGAAAAUCAGCUAUGCUUUGAUCUGAUUGAAGAGUGGAUUAGGAAUAAUCCCAAGGCUUCCAUUUGCACUCCUGAAGGACUGCAUCAGUUCAGAAAUAUUGCUAACUUUCAGGACUAUCAUGGGUUGCAAGAGUUCAGAAAUGCUAUGGCAAAUUUUAUGUCAAAAGUGAGAGGAGGUAGGGUGAGAUUUGAUCCAGAGCGUAUAUUGAUGAGUGGAGGGGCGACAGGGGCAAACGAACUAAUCAUGUUCUGCUUGGCUGAUCCUGGAGAUGCUUUUAUGAUUCCCACCCCAUUUUAUCCAGGAUUCGUGCGUGACUUGUGUUGGAGAACCGGGAUGCAAUUAAUCCCUGUCCACAGUGAUAGCUCCAACAACUUCAAGAUAACAAGAGAAGCUCUCGAAGCAGCAUACAAGAAAGCCAAAGAGGACAACAUCAACGUGAAGGGUUUGAUCAUAACAAACCCCUCUAACCCUUUAGGCACCACCUUAGACAAGGACACGUUGAAGAGCCUCGUGAGCUUCACCAACGAGAAAAACAUCCACUUAGUUUGUGAUGAAAUCUACGCAGCUACGGUGUUCAGCUCCCCCAACUACGUAAGCGUGGCUGAAGUGAUCCAAGAAGUUGAACAUUGCAAACGUGAACUCAUUCAUGUUAUUUAUAGUUUGUCCAAGGACAUGGGGUUCCCCGGUUUCAGAGUUGGCAUAGUUUAUUCGUUCAAUGAUGAAGUGGUGAAUUGUGGAAGGAAAAUGUCGAGCUUCGGGCUAGUCUCCUCGCAAACGCAACACAUGUUGGCUUCGAUGCUUUCGGAUGAGAAUUUUGUGACGAGGUUUCUCAAGGAGAAUUCGAGAAGGUUGGAGAAGAGGCAUGACAAGUUUAUGAAGGGACUUGAGGAGGUUAACAUUACUAGGUUUCCAAGCAAUGCUGGACUCUUUUGUUGGAUGAACUUGAAGAGCUUGUUGAAGGAACCAACCUUUGAAGAUGAGUUGAAGCUGUGGCGUGUGAUUAUCCAUGAGGUGAAGCUUAACGUGUCACCAGGCUCUUCUUUCAACUGUUCCGAGCCUGGUUGGUUUAGGGUUUGCUUUGCCAACAUGGACGAUGAAACAGUGGAUAUUGCACUCAACAGAAUUCGGGCAUUCGUGGGGAGAGAAACAAAGAAACCAUUGGGAAUGAAACGCUGGCAACCGAAUCUUAGUCUCAGUUUUUCUUCGAGGAUGUUUGAUGAGACUGCUGUUAUGUCUCCUCAUUCACCUAUUCCCACGUCACCGCUUGUCCGAGCCACUUGAUGAUUAUUGGAUCAGGGUUUCUCCACGAGUGGUUUUUCAUGAAGAAUAAUAUUGUGUCAGUGAAGCUCUGCAUGCGUUUGAAAUUAAUUAAUCUAGAAUCAAGAUAGAUAUGAUUUUUUUUCUUUUGCUAAUGAGGUCUUGAUUUACCUAGUGUUUAGAGGCUGUUUGAUGUAUUUUCGUGUCUAGGUUGUCCUAAUUACAAAACGGCUAACUGUGAAGUAGCUAGGGUGACUGAAGUUAUAUACUUGAGUAAUUGAGGUGAUACAUGAAUGGAAAAUAUUUGGCUGCA